UUUAUUUUGUUUCUAUCAUCAAUCAGCAUCACCAGUAAAAUACCCUACUGCCGGUAUUCUUUCGGAUUAGAGGAAGAUAUUCAAACCAUCCUUCCUUUUCCACUCAUCAUCAGUUUCUCCACCUCCCGACCUAUACUGCACAUAUACAUACAUAUUGGUGCACCUAAACCACACACCAUACAUAGGUCCCAUACCACAGCCUUUCAAUUACGAAAAUAAUUGCCACGAUCAUUACCAAUGCUAUCAGGUUAUAUCUUAUAAAACGGAAAAAGAGCGUUACCGGGCCCCCAUCCAUUUAUUUGUAUUUCUAGACACAAAAAGGAUACAUAAAGCAUACAAAAAAGAUACCAGUACAUACCUACCAGUACAAGACUUUGAUUUCACUGGGAAACUAAUAACUCUCGGGCCUGUCAUCCGCUGCAUCACCAUCAUCUCAUCAUCUCUUCUUUCUAGAUCUACCAUCACCAGAACGGAUUACUUUCAUUAUAUUUCUACCAAGCACUGGUACAAAAGAAGUGAAGUGUGAAGUAGAAAAAAUAAAAAAAAAAGUGACUUGAUUUUAUUUGAUUUAUUAUUUAUUAUAGCAGCUGCUGAAGCUUGUUAGCGCAAUCCAAUCUCGCUAAUUAAAGGUCCUGAAUGUCCCAUCCUAUUAUCGACAUUCAUCUCGCCCAAUCUCAUCCAAAAGUCGUUCAUUCAAUUUCUCUCCUUCAGGAGCGUCGAGAUUUGUUGAUUGUAAGUUUCAUCCCAUAUAUCUUCAAUUUAAUCCAACUAUUUUCAAAAAUCAAACUGCGCCCAAUUCUCGCCUCACUUUCAUCCUUAUAAAAACAUCAUCGCAUUUGGAUUUUUUUUUAUCGCGCGAUAACCUCAAGAUCCUUAAAUGCUUAGAUAGGAGACUAAAGAGACUAAUUAAAUAGCGUUUAGGGACAUCAACUGAAUCAUCCGACCCGUUUCGAAGAUAAAAGUCCUUACGUUCGAUAGAUCUUUGUAAACAUUGAUUUGGUCUUCGAUAAUAUUGUUGCCUCUUAAUAAUCCCGAAUUGCCCUCUAUGAGUAAUGAGGUAGCUCAGCCGACUGAGCAAGAUCCUAGCCGCUCGACUUCAUUGGAAGGAACGAAAGGAGUUAAACCACCCGCGCUCGACACUUCCAACUGUAUGUACCUUCUUUCUCCCACGAACUCUACUUUUUUAUCGUUCCGACUUCAGAUGCGCUGAUUACUACAAUGCCAGUGCACGUUGCUAACAAAUAAUUCUAGUCACCGCAGAUUCCCAACCACCCAGCUCAUCUACACAACACUCAACAACUCAAAAUACCUUGACAGAAGAUACCGACAACGCUUUUAAUUCAACUACAAACGUCGAUAAGGAUCAAGGGAGAACUGGCGAAGCAUUGACUGAAACCUCCAAGAAGAACAGCGACCUGCUCAAAGUUCCAUCGAGAUCAUCUUCCAACAAAAUACAACCAUCGCCAACUUCUACUGGUCUAAGCGGAGCGACUGCAGGUGAGGGAAGAGGGAGCAUAGGUGGGCGAUCUAAGGAAUCGAAGGGCAGCUUUCUUGGGCGGAGGCGGAAUGGGAGUGCAGCAAGUAGCAAAAUGUCGAUAAAAUCACCUGGUCAUCCUACGGGCGCUUCAGGUCCUUCGCAGCCUGCAGUCCCCGACGCACCUUUAGUUCGUCAGCCAAAAAAGAAGAAGAGCUUUCUUUCUCUUCUCUGCUGCGGUACUCCAGACCACGCCAAUUCUUUGGAUGGACCUGUUCCAGCCAAUAAAGUGUCCAAAUUCAAUUUGAGUCGUCCUACGACAGCUAAGCAGCCCGACUCGAGCAAAAUGGGACAACAAAAUAGUGUUCCCGCGGUACCACAAGUUGAGAAGGAAACUGUGCAGCAGCCACAACAACAGGUGCCGCAAGUUGAAGCUGGAGAUGAGAAGCAUGAUACGAUCAGCCCUCAGGGAACCGCGGAAGUCAUCGCCUCUUCGUCGAAUGCAAAUGAAGAACAGAGCCGUCCAAUUGGGAACGCACGCGACCAGCCUCUACCAGAUUUGCCCACAGUCGUCGAAGCCGAACCUACACAACCUGAGAUGACAAAGCCAACAGUGUCUAUUGAUGCUCCAGCGCAAUCUGAAACGGCAGUAGGAACAGUUUCCCCGGAUGAUGGUGAUCUGGGACAACAGGAUGGAGGAGAUGAGAAGAUGGCAAACUUGGAUCCAGGCACUACAGAAAUUGAAGAAGCCCCAUUACCAAUUCCAAAGGAUGAGCCAAUGACUGGCCAGCAAACUAUUCCACCUCCACCACCAGUACCUCAAAUUCCAACAUCUGAAGAGGUUAUCGAGUUGGAUUUAUUGGAGCAAAAGCAACAAUGGCUUUUACCACCAAUUGCACCAAGGUUCAAAGGGAAAAAAUGUCUGGUUCUUGAUCUCGACGAGACUUUGGUACAUAGCAGUUUUAAGGUGAGCCCCUAGCCAAGUGUAAAGAGUAUUCAAAAACUAACCACUGUGAUUAUUAGAUCUUACAUCAAGCAGAUUUCACCAUCCCCGUGGAAAUUGAAGGCCAGUUUCAUAAUGUGUAUGUGAUCAAGCGACCCGGUGUUGAUCAAUUCAUGAAACGAGUCGGGGAGCUCUACGAGGUGGUUGUCUUCACAGCUUCUGUUUCCAAGGUAUGCAUAGACGGCACAAUAUUCAUAUUCGCGAAUCUUUACUAAUAGAUUAUAGUAUGGUGAUCCACUUCUCGACCAACUUGACAUCCAUCACGUCGUCCAUCAUAGAUUGUUCCGUGAAAGUUGCUACAAUCAUCAAGGGAAUUACGUCAAGGAUCUUUCUCAAGUUGGCCGCGAUUUAAGAGAAACCAUCAUCAUCGACAAUUCUCCAACAUCUUAUAUCUUCCACCCGCAACAUGCUGUCCCUAUCAGCAGUUGGUUCUCAGAUGCUCACGACAAUGAGCUUCUAGAUCUAAUCCCAGUCCUCGAGGACUUGGCCGGCUCGCAGGUCCGAGAUGUCAGUUUAGUUCUUGAUGUUGCGCUCUAAAAGGUGCAAAAUCUUCAUGCAAUUCGCUUGAUAUACAGCGAAAGGCGUUCGGUUGAUAGAUACCUUUGGUUUCGUUGUAGAAUGUACUGUUUAAUCUAUAUAACGGGCCAGCGUGCUGGCUCAGCCUUGGUGCAGGAAGGUAUGCGAGUGGGAGAGACGAGGGGAAGUUGUUAGAAAGUGAGACCAUGUCACGAUAAUGGGUCAGAAUUUCCACGAUUUGGGAUAGGGGGAAAAUCACAUUAACCGGUCCGAGCAGCGACCAGCGAGCAUUAAAUCAUGCACAACUUACAACGACAGAUCCGCCUGUCACAUUUUCUUUUCCUGCCCAGCAAGAUCUGAGGCACUUUGGGCAGACGCAUAUCCGACAUUUUUCAUUUGUCCACCUUUUCUUUUCUUUUUUACUUUAUCAAAAACUUCUCAGGGCUUUGCGCAUGGCGCAGACUCUUCAUGUAUCAAACACACUAUCCACCUUCUGUGAAUGCUUUGGAGAUAGCACUCAUCAACAAAUACCAAAAAUGAAACGAUUCCAUACGACCUCUAACUUUACUUACACUCCAAUUACACCUUUCUUGUAAAUAAUUACUGGGUAAAUAAAAACUUAAUAAUAAUACUUUGAUGCA